AUGUCCACUCGAGCUCCCUACAGCGGACCGUACCGCAAACUAGUCCUCGCCUUUGACGUUGGGACGACCUUCAGUGGAAUCUCUUACAGUAUUCUGGACCCUGGCGAAGUCCCUGAAAUACGGGGUGUAACGCGAUACCCUGCGCAAGAGCAAGUUGGAGGGGAUUCCAAGAUCCCAACCAUAAUAUAUUACGAUCGAGAGGGGAAAGUGCAAGCAGUCGGCGCCGAAGCCGUCCGUGAGGGGAUUGAAGAGCUUGUCCAGGACGAAGGCUGGGUCAAAGCAGAAUGGUUCAAACUUCAUAUGCGCCCUAAAACAAAGUCAGCGGCAUAUGUGACUGAGAAGAUCCCUCCACUGCCACCUGGCAAGGCUGCCAUUGACAUUUUCGCUGACUUCCUGCGGUAUCUCCACAAAUGCGCCCGAACCUACAUCGAGGAGACGCACGCCAACGGUGCCGACCUGUGGCGCAGCUUCGGCGAGGAUCGUACAGAAUUCGUUCUGACGCACCCUAACGGAUGGGAAGGGGGGCAGCAGGGCCUAAUGCGCAAGGCUGCUGUUGUGGCUGGCCUCGUGCCCGACACGGAGGAAGGCCGUGCUCGUCUUUCGUUCGUCACAGAAGGAGAGGCCAGCCUUCACUUCUGCGUUCAGAGUGGUCUGACGACGGAUGCCAUUAAGAAUGGCAAAGGCAUCCUGAUUGUCGAUGCCGGAGGAGGAACGAUCGACAUUAGUGCCUACAAGAAGACGUCAGCCAGUGGCCAUGCAUACGAGGAGAUUGCUGCGCCGCAAUGCUAUUUUUAUGGCUCAAUCUUUGUCACCAGGAAUGCCCGAGAUUUCCUUGAAAACCUCCUUCAAGGCUCGAGGUUUGUCGGUGACAUCCCAUACAUCACUGACCGUUUCGACAAGACCACAAAGCUACGCUUCGUGGAUUCCGAUGAGUCCCAGUUCAUCAAAUUCGGCACACUUCGCGAUAGAGAACCCAACCUCAACAUUCGCUCUGGCCAACUGAAACUCCUUGGGACUGACGUGGCCAAGUUCUUCGAACCCUCGAUCAAAUGCAUCACUAAGUCGAUCGAGGACCAGUGCAAGUCGUCCAAGACGCCGAUAACUUCUGUCUUCCUUGUUGGCGGUUUCGCUGCCAGCAAUUGGCUAUUCAACAACCUCAAGAACACAUUUACACCUCGUGGCUUGGACGUCAGCCGUCCUGAUAGUCAUACGAACAAAGCAGUCGCGGAUGGUGCCAUCUCCUUCUACAUCGACCAUUUCGUCAGCGCACGCGUUGGCAAAUUAUCUUACGGAAUCACAGCGAGCAUCCCGUACAACCCGACCGAUCUCGAGCACGCCCUGCGCGACAGGUUCACCUGCGUCGACUUCGCCGGCACUAGGAGAGUCAAUGGUGCAUUCGACGUUAUUCUUCCCAAGAAUACGAAAGUGUCGGAGACAGAAGAGUUCAGACACAGUUUCUUCAGAGAGGACACUAGCUCUACGUCGGAGAACCUCCGCCAUAUCAGCGUUCCCAUCAAGUGCUUCCGUGGUUGGAGAGAGGACCCACGAUGGAUGGACGAGCAAGCAGAGCUCUACUCGACCCUCUGCUACGUUGAGGCGGAUACCUCUCAUGUUACUCUAUCGCCGAAGGUCUCUCAACGCACACGGGGCCUCUACUUUACUCUCGAGUUCGAUGUCAUCCUAUCCCUUGGACUGACGGAAUUCAAGGCGUUUAUUGCUUGGAGAGAAAACGGCGUUGAGAAACGAAGCCCGGCUGCAUUGGUAUAUGACCCAGAUUCGGUCAUCCAAGACGCCAUCCCGUUGAUUUAG